AGCCCCAACCUAACCAAAAAGAAGAAGGGGAAGAAGACCCGGGAAAUAACAAACAAAAAGCAACAAAGAGAUGAAAACAAAGCAAGCAGAGAAAAGACAAUUUACACUAAACAACUAACUCUUGAUAUAAGUAUUUAUUGUAUGCAAAGAAGCACAUUAAGGAGUUCAGUGAUGAUUUAUCUUAAUGCCCAGAAAAGUUACAAAGACAGCAAAGCCUUCGCUGCAAUUCUUGGAGCGGCCUUUGUGUGGAGCCAAACUCCAAAAUGUGCCCGAAGUCCGAGCAGCACUCAACGCCAGAGAUUUCUUCACAGAGGCAGAAGCACAGAGCAGCUCAGCUCUUAAUUCCUGGGUUAGGCCACAAUUUGACAUUUCAGUUGCAACUGCACCUCCAGUGAGACGAGGGAGGAGAAAGUGUCAGUCUGCCACAAGCAUCUUGGACAGCUGCAGUCAGCUGUCCAGGAAAAAUAGUGUCUGCAAAUUCCCCCAAUUAUUGUUUAAAACAGGGCCAAAAGACCAAACUCAGCAACCAAAGGGGAUCUCCACGAAGAAAGCUAUAGAGAGUACUCAUGUGGGAAAUCAGAGGCAGGAAACCUGCCGAAAGAGAAGGACAGUUUCAGCUGCACAGUGCCUACCAAAGGCACAGUUUGCCUCAGUAAGAAAAAAGAGUGCUGAAACAUUCUCAGACGACACUUCAUCCCACCAAAGAUGUUUGGCUGAACCUGACAGACCAUCUAUGCAAGUGUCAGAGAGAUGCAGAAUUCCAGCAGUAGCUCACCCACCACUUCCCUGUGAAGAGUUUAGCACCACUGAAGUCAGCAGUGUCUGUCCACCUGCUGAUGUCGACACUCCGAAAGCAAUGGAGGAAAGGAACAUUUCUCCGUCUACCCCCUGUGGACAUUUGCUGCUGGCUCAGCCGUGUACACCUCCAUGUAAUGGGUCACCUGACAUUUUGGUGGCUGACACGCCAGAGAGGGACUAUGGAAUGAAGGUGACAUGGAGAAGAAGAAAGAACUUGAUGGUGUUGUUAAAACAGAGGGGCCAUCUCUCUGAGGCAGAUGCUUUAAUUCAAAGUUGAUGUAGAGAUUGUAAGAUUUUUCUGUAUUCUCAUAAUAGCUGCAGCUUAAUUUCCUGUUUAUUGGUUAAUUGACUAAUUGUUGCAGUUCUAAACAUCAUAAUGCCAUGUCUGACAAAGUCUGUUAUGAACCCCCUCUGAACAACAUUUUUAUGCAUGAGUUUAAAAUGUAAUUUUAGUAAAUUAUUUUAAUGGGUGUGAUAUUAAAACGUCAAGACAGAUUCUAAUGAUACUAUCAUCUAUACUUUCAUCUAUAUUAACUUUAACUGAAAUAUCCAAAAAUUAAGAAGCACAAAAUAAGUACUCAAGUUACCUGUGUGAUCUAACCACUGGUCUUCUGAAGGACCAUUUAAGAUUGUUUUUGAUGAUUCUGCUGUGCAAUUUAAAAACAUCUUGCUUUUCUACUACAUUGCGAAAGAGGCAUAAAAUAAAUGUUUAAGAGGAAAGAGAAA